UUCUGUUUCUCUGCUUUGCAAAAGUAAACAUUGCUUAGCAAUAUUGGAUAAUACGAGUAAAUAUCCAAGUUUGAGUCAGUUGCAACAACCACAGACGAUAAGUAAGCAAUAAGCAGGAAAGCACAUUACGGAAACGUGACAGGGAACAUGUUUCAUAACGAACGAGUCCAACCAAUCACAGCACUCCAUUCAUCCUGCCUUUCCCUGUGGGUGGAAAUGUUGAUUCAGAAACGACGUCCAAAAUGGCCACAGACUUUACUAUGCUGUACAAAUAACAUACAGCACUUAAAAGUACAUCAGGAGUAGACUGUGCGUAAAUUAGUUAGGACGGGAGUUGUGCGCCCUCUGUGGUCACCUGCUGUGAACUCUUCCUGGCCCAGUUGUUCAUCAAGACUUGGUCGCUUGUAUUGUUUCAAACACAACGCAAGGGGGCGCCCUUUUGUUGUUUUUGGGGACCCCAUCCCCUUUUCUGACCCCUGCUAGACAUUUGCUAAAAAGUUGGAAACAUGGUGGUCAACACCAUCCACUGGUUCAGGAAAGGACUACGGUUGCAUGACAACCCUUCUCUGAGAGAUUCUAUUCGCGGAGCAGAUACCCUGCGCUGCAUCUACAUCCUGGACCCCUGGUUCGCAGGUUCCUCCAACAUGGGCAUCAACAGAUGGCGGUUUUUGUUACAGUGCUUGGGAGACUUGGAUGCAAGUCUGCGCAAACUUAACUCCCGCUUAUUUGUCAUCAGAGGCCAGCCCACAGAUGUCUUCCCUCGUCUUUUUAAGGAAUGGCAGAUCACACAUUUAUCUUAUGAAUACGACUCUGAGCCCUUCUGCAAAGAACGUGACGCAACCAUCGGGAAACUAGCCAAUGAAGCUGCAGUAGAGGUUAUGGUGCGGAUUUCACACACUCUCUAUGAUCUAGACAAGAUCAUAGAACUCAAUGGUGGUCAGCCUCCUGUUACCUACAAGCACUUUCAGGUCCUCAUCAGUCAUAUGGCUGCUGUGGAACUGCCGGCAGAGACGAUCACGUCUGAGCUAAUCAAAAACUGUGCCACACCCAUCAGUGAAGACCAUGAUGCCACGUUUGGGGUGCCCUCCCUAGAAGAGCUUGGUUUUGAGACAGAGGGCCUGAGCACAGCAGUAUGGCUAGGUGGAGAAACAGAAGCCCUCAUGAGACUAGAACGGCAUCUGGAGAGGAAGGAAUGGGUGGAAAAUUUUGAGCGUCCACGCAUGAAUGCAAACUCCCUGCUGGCCAAUUCCACUGGGCUCAGCCCCUACCUGCGCUUUGGAUGUCUCUCCUGUCGGCUCUUCCACUUCAAACUUACUGAUUUGUACAGAAAGAUCAAGAAGAACAGCACCCCACCAUAUUUCUUGUAUGGGCAGCUGUUGUUGAGGGAGUUCUUCUAUACAGGCGCCACUAACAACCCCUGCUUUGACAAGAUGGAGGGAAACCCUGCGUGUAUACAGAUCCCGUGGGACAGAAACGCAGAGGCACUGGCCAAGUGGGCAGAGGGACGGACAGGCUUUCCCUGGAUAGACGCCAUUAUGACACAGCUAAGGCAGGAAGGAUGGAUUCAUCACUUGGCAUGGCGGGCUGUAGCCUGUUUCCUCACCAGAGGAGACCUCUGGAUCUGCUGGGAGGAAGGCAUGAAGAUCUUUGAAGAGUUGCUGUUGGAUGCAGACUGGAGUGUAAACGCAGGCAGCUGGAUGUGGCUCUCGUGUAGUUCAUUUUUCCAGCCAUUUUUCCCCAGUUACUGUCCUGUGGAAUUUGGACAACGCACUGACCCCAAUGGCGACUUCAUACGGCACUAUUUGCCCAUUUUAAGAGGCUUUCCAGCCAAAUAUAUCUACAAUCCAUGGAAUGCCCCAGAGGAUGUGCAGAAAGAAGCAAAGUGUAUCAUAGGAGAGCACUACCCCAAACCCAUGGUGAACCAUGCUGAGGCCUGUCGCAUCAAUGUAGAGCGGAUGAAACAAAUUUACCAGCAGCUUUCCUGCUGCAGAGGACUGGAAAGAGGACAGUUGACACAGAAGAGGCGCCUUGAAGAAGCUCCAUCUGAGAACAGCUCUAAAUCUUUGCGGCAGAGCAAAUAGCCAAAAUGAGGCUUGGGACAUUCUGGGAUGUGUCAGUCAUGUUUGCGGCAAGUAAACAAAGGCUUUGUCUUUGCCUGUGAAGUGACUUCGAUUGAUUAGCAUGCAAGUGUAUAGGGUUUAUAACCGGGAGACACUGGAGCUUGAAACCAGAGACUGGAAUCUGGCAGAAAUACAAGUUACAAAUGAUUGGACCUGUUAGAAAUCCCCAGUGCUGAGUGGAGCAGUGAUCCAGACCUCCUGCCUCCACUGUACACAGCAGGCAUGUUUGCCUACCCUGUUUGUGGUGUGAGUACCUACAUAUUGGAUCAGUUUAAAAACUACAAAUCUUUAGCCUCUCCACUGGGUGCAUGACCUUUAAAGUUUGAAGCGGGCAAACAUUGUCAUUCGGACUAAAGUACAUCGAGCUAAACUUAGUAGCAUGUGUGUCUGCUUUUUAAUCGUGGAUGAGAGAGUCUGUAUGGAGACAGAAAACAAGUCCAGUUGUGAGGCAUUAAGAUAAACAUUAAAAAUAUAUAUAUUUUUAAUAUGAUUCUGAUAGAAAGAUAUAAAGGCAGCUCUCAGAUAAGAGGGUGACAUGGCCAACAUGCCCAGGAUGCAACGCGGCAUGACUAGAAGAUCCCAUUCCCUAUAGGAAAGGUACAAAACACAGGAGCGCGAAGGAGCACUUAGUAAGCAUAGAUUUUCCAGGAGCUCUGCCUGUAUCCUCGGAACUCUGUCCUGCGGCGCUCUCAGCUAACACACAGGAACUGUAACUAACAACGGUGGAGGAUUCAGAGUGUUACUGGUUAUUUUAAGGACUCUGCUAAGAAAUGUAAACACUUUACUGGUUACUCCACUUCAGUCUUGAGAUCAGGAUGUUGGUUCUUCCACUGUAGCAAUGGUACAGCAGGAAGAGUCAGAUCAAAUUACAAACAAGUUCCUUGAUCCUUUAAUCAUUUUUACAAAUUUGCAAGACAGAAAACCCACAUCUAACCUCAGGUAAAAUGAAAUAUUCCCAUUUGGGGAAAAAAGGUCUUAACAUUAGAUGCCACUAAUUCUUACACAGUGGACCUUUUUAAUCUGAGCAAACCUCAAGUCACACGCUCAUAAACUACUGUGAAUAAUUAUUUCAAACAUUGUGUUUGCUUUGUCAACAUGAAUCGCAUUGUUGCGAUCACAUGAACCACACACACCUCCCCAUGAGACGCCUGAGCCCAGAUUAAGAACCACGACACUACAGUAUGUAGGAGUUUCACACUUCUGGAGAGUUGCUGACCAUUGUUUUCACUCUGAAAUUAAUUGACCUGGAUUAAAGGUUGAACACAAUAAUAUUCUUUAUCAAAACCAAGCCCAUAAAUGAUUCAUGUCGAGAAUGUUGCAUCACCAUGUCAUGCAUUUUCGUAAGACGUGACACAAAGGUCAGGACACCAAAAAAAACAAGCCUCACAAAGGCUUUCAUAAUACUCACUUUAUGAAACAUGUACUUAUCAUCUGAUCAUCUAUUUGGUGUUAAAUCAGCCAGUGACAACUCAAUGCAUGUAGAUAUGGUUAAGAUGACCUUCUGGAGUUAAGAAUGAGCAUCAGAAUUGGGAAGAUUUAAGUGAUUUUAAAUAUCAUUUUUGGUGUCUGCUAAAUGACAUGUAAUGUAAUGUAAUGUAAAUAAACACUUGUUACAACCAGAGUAUGCAAAAGACAGUAUAAACACACAUCUCAAACGAUGAAGCAGAUAGUCUACAGCAUUUGAAGACCACACCAGUGUUCUCUGAUAUGUUUAUAUGUAUAAUAUGUACAUUUUGUCAUGGAAUUUAAACCCAUUAAUAGAUUUUGUGUGCAGUGAAUCUAUUAUUUUUGUAUAAAGAAUUACCAAAUGCAAACUGUAUUGAAUUGUCAAUAAAGAAUGGGAACAUU